AUGGCCCUCGUGUCCGACUUUGACUGCUUCAGCCAAGUUGUGUUUGAGAACUUGGAGGAUUACAAACGAAUGAAGCAAGAUCCUUGGUAUAAGGAGCAUCUGAUUGGUGAUCACGAGAAGUUUGCAGACACGAAAAGAAGCAAAAUGACCAUUGGGUGGAUAGAGGAAUGGAUUAGCGAUGGGAAGCCCGUCGAUGGGCUCGAGUUCAAAUCCUAG